AUGGAGGGGAAUGACCCAACUCAGGACUCCUCCCUGAGUCCGGGCCAGUCGAUGUCUCUUCCAGAAGGGUCUGCAAAGCCUGGGGCCCAAAAGAGGGGUCUGCGCGGAGCUCUGCUUUCUCCCAGCUCGGAUCCAGAGAUGUCUGCAGGGGAACCGCAGGGACGAGACGGGGGUCCCCCUCCGAGCCUGCACGUGGGAGAGCUGCGCAGGGACGACCCGAGGACUGGGAUCCGGGUCUCCAAGCCCAGGCUCCGGGGACACUCCCCAAGCAGCACACAAGCCUCCCCCCGGAGUCCCGGAAUCCCCUUCCCACCCCGCGGCUGCGGAAACACCCCGAACUCCCGGGCGCCGGGCUGGAGGGUGGGCGUGGGCCGGCCCGCCAGGCUGCGGAAGGGAAAGGUGCAGCCGCGGGUGCUGGGUGAGAGGGGACGCGGGGUCCUCCUGGAGCUGGGAAAGCGUCCCCCGACCACUCAGUCACCGCCCAAGACGCCAACCGACACGGUCUGUUCCACCCGGAGACGGAGAUCGCCCCAGUCCAGGCAUCCAGAAGCCGGCCUUCCCACGCCCCCCACCCCGGGCCCAGCAUUCGGCGGCUGGGGUCGGCCCCCAGACGCUUCCCCGGGUACCCGCCCCCUCCCCCAGCCGUAUUUACACACCCAGUCGGUGCCCUCCACACUCAGAUUCCCAGAAGACGGCUGGGGAGCCGGCCCCUCGCCCACUUGA